AUGGGGAUAGACGAGAUUUUGCGAACGCACAUCCUACCAGGCCAGCACAAUACCAUAAAACGAUAUGGGAAAUAUCCGUUUAGGCUCAUCACCGGUGGGGGUGAAGUUACCGUCUUUCCGCCAGAAUACGCCAACUUGAUACGCAACGAACGUCGCCUGUUAUUCACCAAAGCAUUCGCAAACGAUCUUUCAGGCCACAUAUAUGGCCUGAAACCCUUUCUGGCCUUUUCAAACCCAAAGAGAGUCAUGCAAAAUGUGGCCAAAAAUCAGCUUACUAAGUACUUGAAUGCGGUGACAGCACCACUAUCCAAGGAGUCCACCUUUGCAAUCGAUUAUAUAUUUGGCAACGAUCCAGAAUGGAUAGAUACUAUCAUUGCAGAUUCCGCCCUUCAGCUGGUUGCCCGCCUGUCAAGUAAGGUGUUCCUUGGCGACGAGUUAUGUCGUAAUGAAGCCUGGCUUCAAGCCACCAAGAAUUACACCGUGCACAGUGUCACGACCGGUUUUUCGCUCUCCUUCAUGCCUCUGCCAAUCCAGUAUAUAUUUGCUUGGUUUGCAAAAGAUGCUAGACUUGCGCAAAAGUACUUUAUCGAAGCAUGCGAUAUCCUAGCCCCAAUCAUUAUGACGUGUUUAACAAACGAGCCUUAUUUGAUCCCGGUAUUGCGUAAAGAGGCUAUGGAGGUCUUGAGUGCUGACGGUCUCAGUAAGGCUGCGCUUGCCAAUUUAAAGAUCAUGGACAGUACUCUAAAGGAAGCCCUCCAAUUGUGCCCGACUACCUGUCUUCAAAUGAAAAGGAUUGCAACUGAGACAAUCACGCUUGCGAACGACACCAUUCUUAAGAAGGGCGGCUACUACAUCGUGAACGGUACGAGCUUGACGAACCCAGAGAUAUGGCCCGAACCAGAGAAGUUCGAUAUCUACCGUUUCUGCCGUCUACGACAAGAUCCCGCUACUGCUAGCAAGGCUCAUCUAGUGUCCACCAGUCCGGAACAUCUCGGAUUUCGUCACGGAGAUCAGGCGUGUCCCGGCCGUUUCUUCGCUGCGAACGAAGUCAAAAUUGCACUGUGUCACCUUCUGCUUAAAUAUGACUAG